AAAAGAGGUGUAGCAGACGACAUACGAUAGUCUGCUUCUGUUCUCGAUUUGUUCUGUGCUGCAGAAGUUUACUUACUGAUAGGAGCCUAUACAUGGCUCACGUGGCUCACAUACAUGUAAACAAUUCAUUUGUGUGUACACUGACGAAUCAUGAAUUCUGGGUUGUUGUCAAUGGGGAACAGUCCUGAGGAGUUGGACAGUCUCAUCCAAAGUUUUGAAUAUGAAAAUCAGCAAAUUGUAAAGCUUAUUGAAAAAGAGAAUCAGCUGUUGGAAGGUCUUGAAAAGGAAAUAAUUCAGAAGAAAUCAGAAAUCGAGUGUCUCCAAGAAUCCUCAACACAACUAGACGAGGAAACCAAGAGGGUGCACAAACAGUUCAUUCAAAAUAGGGAUAAUUGUGACAGCUUGAGGAAGACGGCCUGUGUGCUACUGGACCAUGAAGUGGCACUGAUGAAAAAGUUGAAUGCUGUGGUUGUCACUGGUGAACAGGAAAAAACUGACAGGAGAAAUGUGUUACAACAUUACACAAAUAUUUGGGAAGACUAUAAACAAAAGUAUGAAUCAUUCCCAUUGGCUCAAACAUUUCUACAAAAACAAAAGGAAAUUGAGACCUCAUCUGCAAGACUGGAUGAAGUCAACAAGAAAAUAGAGGAGUUGGAAACAGCCAUUGCAGAAUUGAAAGGGCCUGAUGUUGACAUCUAUGACAUGAAGCAUUUUCUUGUUGCCAUUGCACAGUUAAAGUUGGACUCCAGGAAAAACUGCAAAAUGAUCAUUGUGAAACAAGAAAAGUUACAAGCAUUGGAGAGAGAACUUUGUGAAAUAAAACAAAGGAAGCAAAAGCAGAAAAAUAUAGAGGAAGAGCGAGCCAGGAAAUUGCAAGCAAAGGCAGAAGAGGAGCAGAGUCAUGCAUCUGAGUCCAUGCCCCAAGCUGAUGUGAGUGAACAAGAUAACUCGGUUCAGCUUGAUAACAGAGAAAGCCAGAUGAGCAGUGCGUCAGGCUACAGCCAAACAGGUGUGAACAGUACUAGUACAGAGAAAUUGACACAGGCUGAAAUAGGGUUGGAGAAGUCUACACUAGCUCACAUGUAUGAUGGUGGUGACAGGAUGUUCCAACAACCAAACAAAGAUUUGAUAUUACAGAAGGCCGCUUAUCAGUCAGCUAGAUCUCAGCCACAUGGACCUCUGCCAAAUCCAGCCAGGUCUCAAUCACUUCCAUCCAGGUCUCUGCCACUUCCAGCCAAGUGUCAACCAGCUGGGUCUCAGCCACAGGUGCUACAACAUGUCCAAUGUCAUCAGCAGCCUGCCAGCCUGCCUCAGAGUUAUGGGAUACAUGCCGGGAACAUGGGUCAUAGCCAUAUGAUAACUUCAUCAGCUCAGCUGAAGUACAUGCCAAAGACGAGUGCCAUGGGAGGAUCUCAGAUGCAAAGUCAGUCUCAGCCAAGCAGCUACUUUCUCCUAGCUCCACUUGCUGCAACCCCUGGACAGUCUCCUAACUUUGCAUCCAGCAGUCUCCAUGUGACUCCCAGGCCUUCAGGUCUCGGGCAACCUCCAAUCAUCCAAGCACCUGUUACUGAAGGAGAAGGACAACUAGGCCAAGCUGUAUUCAAACACCCAAACCAACUUGGCCCCGAUCAGGGUAAAUCAUCUCCUUCUGGAAGUAGCAAGUCCAGUAGCUGUGAGGCUCUGACAGGUCAACAAAGGUUGCCUCCUCAGGACACAGGAAAAGUUCCAGAGGCACCUCUCUGUGUGCCACAAAGUCCUCAGGUGGGUUCUAGAGCAUCUGUGUUCCAGGAUACCUGCCCAACUCCCAAACUCACACAGGACUACUCCCAAGAGAGACCUUCAGCACAGCACAAGUCGGAGGCUGAACUGAUACCCUCACCUUUACCACACACUCAGAAUGAUGGCACUGCCCUUAGCCCACGCAGGAAGGAACCCAAAACUCCAGAACACCGGGAGGAUGGAAUUCAGAUGUCUCAGCCAACUACACCUGCUCAGCAUGGCACAGAGGACAACAAUGUCAGUCCAUUCAACCUGGAGAGGCACCUGGAGAGAGUCCGUCUUCUGACCAAGUCCCCAGCAGCCCCUCAGUAUUCUACACGCCCAAUGUUUGCUACAGAACCAUCAGUCCCAGAGAAGCAGGCAGCCAAGAAUGAGGGCAAUAACACAAUGCAAGAUAAUCCAUUCUUUCAGUCUUUUUUUCCGGAUGGGAGAGGAGAUGGUAAGCCCUUCCAGUCAGCAUUUAUGUCUCCAGAUCUAGCAGAAUCUGGUGGAAAGUCUCUGUUUGGACCCGCUGACAGCCCAGCCCACACUGAGCAGGGACAGAGUAUGUCCUUUAAUUUCAGUGGCGGUGACAACAGUGGGGCAGGAGCGUCGGAUGCUGGCUCUGUGUUCUCGCUGUUCGGGGGUGGACCACCAGACACUACAGCAGGAGAUAGUGAUGGUUUCAGUUUCAGCUUUGGCACCUCCAGUGUGGCAAGUCCACCACCUACACCUGUGUCUGGUACAUUCACCUUGUUCUAGGCAAUUGUUUCUACUCAUCCAGGUCACAUCAAUAACUGAAGUCAUGUGAGGCUUUAUAUUACAGGCAAUCUAAAGAAAACUGGAUGCUGUUCCAAAAUAACGUUUCACUUGCAUUUCCUGCAAUUUCCUCCACCUAAUUUGUAUACAAAUGUCAACCUUCGCUCCCUUAAAAUACUAAUAAAUGUUCCACUAUUAAGGUUAUGUCACUUGUAUUACUCAUUUACCAUAUGUCCAAAAAAGCAAUGACAAAAUCUGUAAUAACGUCAAUUUACUUUCAUCUGGAUUCAUUUUUAACUUUCAUGUUGCUUAUCAAUACAUGUGUCCAUUGGAAUUAUUGUUUAUGGAUAUUGUUAAAUUUUUAAAUUAGUGUAACUAUACCCUUAAAAAAAAAAAACACUUUAAACUACCUAUUAUAUUACAUGUAAGUUUUAUUGUUGUAGUUAUUACACAUUAGAACCUUCAAUAAUUGGUUUUAAAUAAAUGGUUUAAGCUCAUGUAAAAGCAAUA